AUGUCUAACUUGCCAGAAGGCGAAGGUAGAGCACCAGCGUCCACCUGGGUUGUUACAGCAUCAUUGGUGAAGAUUAUAUUUCUGCUGUCAGAUGUGAAGCAACCUAGAGAUGCUCAAAAAAGCAUAAACUUCCAUGAGGAGUACCAGAAGGCUUUAAGGACAAAAUCCUAUGCUGAUUUUUUCAACAAGGCUCAAUUACUUGCAAGCCAGCCUUCCAUUUAUUCCAAACAAAAUAAAUUUUCAGAAAUCUUCCUUGAACCAGAUCAAGAAACCAUACAUUCUAUUAUUAAUACAACAAUCCUUUCAAAGACACCAGAACUAAAGAAUCUCAUGCUCAGCUACUUUGACAUCAGCGCUGAGGCUUCAUUCAUUUGCACCCAUAUUCUCAAAAGCAUCAACCAAGUUCAAUGUAAUUACCAAUUCAUUCAAAGAGCACUAGACAUUAUGGAUGAAAAUAAUGACUCUCAUGAUAAACUCAAACAAAUUGGUUUUGAGCUUAACUCAUUCAUUGUCUCAAAUAACCCAUUUUCCAAUCUUAGCAAUCUUGGUUUCAAGCUCAUAAGUGAUAAUAAGUACCCAUUAGUUUUGCACCAUUUAAAAUCAAUGAGAAAAAGGGUAGGAAGGAAAAUUAAGAUAAUGAAGUAUUUGAAGAAGGCAUCAAGAAUUUGUGUUGUACUAGCAUGUGGCUUAGUGGUUACCACAGCCACAGUUACAACAGCACAUACUUCAGUAGCUUUAAUCAUGGGUCCAGCAUUUCUCAGCAUUCCAUGCGUGAGUAUUAAGAGGAAGCUUCCAAGUUCAAGGUUUUCAAGAAGUAAGUUUCUCACUAAACUUUGUGAUCAGCUUGACAUGGCAGCCAAGGGAACUUACAUAUUGAAUAGAGACUUUGAAACAAUGAGUAGGCUAGUAGCUCGGCUUCAUGAUGACAUUGAACAUAACAGGGCAAUGGUGCAAUUCUGUUUGGAUAGGAAAGUUGAUAAAUGCUUUUUGCAAAUAGUGAAGGAGCUUCAGAAAAGUGCUGCUGAGUUUAGGAAACAAGUGGAAGAACUUGAAGAACAUUUGUACUUGUGCCUUGUGACAAUUAACCGAGCAAGAAGUUUGGUUAUUAAGGAAAUGACAGAAACAUGUACAGAAGGCUUCGGACAGUAG